GUCACCUGACAAGACUCCUCCUUCCACAGUGCUACUCAAGGCAGCGCUAGGCACAAAUCUUAGCACGUUCCGAUAGAGUGGUGUGUUUGUGGCUGCUAAGCAGAGGGGCUGGAGUCAAACCAAGCUCUUUGAAAAAUAAAAUCAGGGCUCUGUUUGCACCAUGUCUGGCUUCAAAUCAAUUAGUGAUGAGAGUGGCUGAUGCUCCGGGUGUGCGCUUCAAUGAGAGCGAAAGGGUGACAGACAGUUAUUUCUUCUAGAUUCGACUGCUGGGCUUAAAAGUGCGAUCCUUUGGUUCAUCUGCGACUGAACUCAAGACAGACCGAUGACUCCCGGAGAUUCCAAAACUAUCACCGACCUCAUGCAAGAUGUGCUUCGGACUGGCUGUGGUUUCUCCUCCUCAUCCUCCUUCUGAUGUUCAAUGGCAGAUGAAAACCGCUCCCUUCUCCUUUGCUGUCAUCUUUUGAUCUCCGAGAGAUGGCUCUGAUCCACAGCUAAACAACAGGACAUCUCUCUCUGAUCUCCUCCCUCUCUGACCAUCUUCUCAUCACCCUCCCUCACCAUGGCCUGCUUGCUGGUAGCAGUGUUCCUCCUGGUUCUCCAGGCAUAUGCUGCCCCACCAGAUUUUGUUCAGAGUUUGGAUCUAGGCCCUGGACUCACAGCUAAUGACACUCUGUCUCCACCCCUGGGGACUAGUAAAUGUGCCCCCCACAGCAUCAUCAUUGGGGUGCGUAAAGGCGGCACACGAGCCCUGCUGGAAAUGCUAGACAUCCACCCUGAGGUCGCUGCCGCUGCCACAGAGGUGCACUUUUUCGACUGGGACGAGAACUACGCUAAGGGAUUUGACUGGUACCGUGAGCUGAUGCCAUAUUCCUACCCACACCAGAUCACAGUGGAGAAGACACCAGGCUACUUCACCUCUGCCUUGGCGCCAAAACGCAUCCGUGCCAUGAACUCCUCCAUCAAGCUGCUGCUGAUCUUGCGGGACCCAACUGAACGUGUCAUCUCAGACUACACCCAGGUCUACUUCAACCGCCUGGAGAACCACAAGCCAGUGCAGGCCAUUGAGAACCUGCUGGUGCGCAGCGGAGCCCUCAAUACCCGCUAUAAGGCCAUCCAGCGGAGCCUCUACGACAUGCACAUGAGCAACUGGUUGCGCUAUUUCCCCCUAGAGCAGAUCCACAUCGUGGAUGGGGAUACUUUGAUCCGGGACCCGUUGCCUGAGCUACAGAAGGUGGAGCGUUUUCUCAACCUGCCCCCCAGGAUAAUGUCCUCCAACUUCUACUUCAACCAGACCAAGGGGUUCUACUGCAUCCGGAGUGAAGGGCGAGAGCGCUGCCUGCACGAGUCCAAAGGGCGUCCCCACCCUGCCGUCAACGGUACCGUGCUGCAGCAGCUACGCUCCUACCUCCGGGAGCACAACCAUAACUUCUACCGGCUGGUGAAGCGCUCCUUUGACUGGCAGUAAGGCAGUUCACCCCUCUACCUAUGAGGACUAGUUCCCCCUGGCCCACAUAUGACUGUUCAAUGACUGACUGACCAGUGUUAUAGGGGGAGAAGCACUUUACGAACUCUGACACCCAAACACCCCUGUCGCCUUUUACUCUGCUCUGGUGUCAGCAGAGCAGUUCCACAUUUACGAAGCAAGAACUUACAAACUAACAUGGAAAAAUCCCCAAGAUUGAAGUCAUUCUCUGUACUGUACCUGCCAAAAGUGAAGUGAUGCGGAUUGUGGAAAAACUCAUUUGUGAACCUGAUUUUAACUUUUGUUUGAUAUUACUGUACUUGAUAAUAAAUAGUUUUGCUUUAAAAAUGUAA